AUGGAUAGCAUGAGUGAGGCAUUUGAUCAAAUGCAAAUGGUCAAGGAUGUUCUAGCCAACAGUGAUAAAGUUUCAGAGGUCCUACAAGAGUCUACUCAUCAGUUCAACCUGCUUACUUCACCCACCUUCCUACCAAAGGUCAAGGAUCAAGGGAAAUUCACUCUCCCUUGCACACUUGGGCAUCUUGAGAUUGACAAUGCCUUAGUGGAUUCUGGAGCAAGCAUCAAUCUGAUCUCUCUCUCCAUGGCAGAGAAGCUAGGCAUUGCUGGAGCCUUGCAGCGCCCUACUACUUCAAUCAUGUUUGGAGAUGCAACUUCUAAGUCUCCUCUUGGAGUGUUCAAGAACUAUCACUUGAAAAUUGGAGAAUGCAUCAUCCAAACUGAUCUCACUGUGAUGGAAAUGGAAGAAGAGAAGGAUUUGCCUCUGUUAUUGGGAACCCCUUUCCUUAGUACAGUUGGCGCUUCAAUAGACUUUCACAAGCAAGAAGUGAUCCUUCACAAGGUGAAUAGUUUGGUGUCAUAUCGCUUGCAGCCUAGAGGUUCAGACUUUUGUGCCACAAUUGACAGUACCAAUCUCAGUUCUAAGAGUCAUGGAGCUACAAAGGUUGUGAAGGAAAGGGUUGACAAGGAACCAAGAGUUGGGAAGGAUAAGGAUGAGAGAGGACCAAGGAUUGAGAAGCCACGUCUUGAGAGGGCUAGAGUUGAGAAACCACGAUCUGAUAGGCCAAGAGCUGAGAGACUUGUUCAAGCCCCUUGUGUGCUUGAUGAAGAGAGCCUUCAAGCUUUGUUUGAUGAGCCACUAGGAAGGGCUCUAAAAGAAGGGGAGGAUGCAGCCUCUAAGGCAAGACCAGGAGAUAAAAGAAAGGAUCCACCAGCUCAGGCCCCUUCAGUCAAGCCAUCUCAGCUCACAAUGACUUUGUUCCCCACCAAGUUUGAAAAUGGGAAGAUUGAGUACAAGAUAAGGUACAAGGGGAGAUCAAGGCCAUUCUCUAGAGCCAAGGCCUUGGUGACUUCAGAACAGUCCAGGGACCCAACCAAGCUAAAGGAGCUUCUGUCUCAAGUCCUCACUAUCACCCUUGAUGGUGGGACUAGCUCAACCAAUGCCUAA